AUGGAGACACAGCCAUGUGUUGAUCUGCAUCUGGAAUCAUCUGAGGGGGGCCUGAAGGAGCUGGUGCUCCGGUGGUUCGUUGGGACACAGGCGCAGCGCAUUCUGCAAAAUGGAUAUUUUCCUAGCUGGUUUCAAGGCUUAACUCGAAGAGAGCAUGCAGAAGAUCUCCUAAGAGAUAAAGCUCUGGGCUCUUUUCUCAUUCGCCUCAGUGAUAAAGCCAUCGGCUACAUCCUUUCCUACAAGGGCCUUGACAGGUGCCGCCAUUUUGUUAUAUCUCAAAGCCAAGAAGGACUUUUCGUCAUAUCAGGUGACUGUCACACCUACUGCUGUAUCACUGAGCUGAUAGAACAUUUCAAAGUCAACCCAAUCCAGCCUUUUGGAGAGUACCUGACAACCAGCUGUUAUGAGCCAAACACAGGUGAGCUGUAUGAUGUGGUGAAUUACAACAGCAACGGGAAAACAGGAGUAAGUGUCCAUGCUCUGCGGAGCCUGUGCGACCGGAAUAUUAAGAGUAGUGCUGGAAACAAUCCUUUGAUUCUGGAACAAACUGGUGAUGUGCGCACCACAGUUCAGCCACCUGCACUGCCACCUAAAUCCAGAAACAAAAACCUGGCUGCAACACUGUCUGUAGACUCCAUGUCCCUCUCACAGACUCCUGCUGUUCCAAAAAGGCGUGUUCCAUUUGCCCAGAAGAGCACAAACAAAGCAGAAAGACUUGGAGAAAACAUAACUUUAAAAACCAGUAGGACUUCACAUUUUAACACUGACACAAGCCAUCCUGGUGGCGAUGUGGCUCAAUCCCAACAGACACCUGUGGAAGGCAGAAGCAAAUCUGUACCAAUGCUACACAAAAGCAAACCAGAUCGACAAGAGGAGACUUACUCAAACCAGUUUAACAGUCAGUCGUUCACUAACUCAGCAUCUCAAUCCCACGCUCCUGCCAAGAGGGUCACGUGCCACACAUAUUCGCAUCAUGACCCCACAGAGUCUUUGAGGCUGAGCAACCUGUUGUCAGAGGAGCAGAGGGAUUAUCUGGAACUGUCUCGGUCCAACCCGCUGUACCAGACCUCUGAAAGGCCUGAAUGGAGUUCAGCUCCUCGGAGAGCCACCAUGUAUGCUGAGAUUCAGCAGAAGCCAGCAAUUGUCACUUUCCCUGACACCACCUAUGAGCAGGUCCACAGCAACACCACUGAUAACCAGGGAAACACUUAUGAGUCGUUAGAUGACAUGAAAACCAAGAUGCCCAAAUCUACAUGGGGCAAAAAUAAUAUGAAAUGGAAGAAAUUCCUCCCCGAUUAUAUGAAGAAAUGA